AUGGACGUCACCCCUCGCCCGAAUUCCAGCAACGUAACUGUUGAAUACACGGACCCUUCCGGCCUCUUCCCUUCGAUACAGCCUCUAUUACUGGACGCUCGACAGCUACGGAAUCUCCAUUGGAAGCCCCCCACCCGGCCGCUUCGCUCCAUCGGAUGCCUUCAAAUUGACUUUGUCCCUGCCGAGAGUGCAGAGGAGCGGAAGCGACUGAGCGACGGCUCCGGCGGUGUAGUCACUCACCGUAGACACCAAAUACCAGGUCUACGCCGAACGCCUUAUUUGAAGCUUUACCUCUUACGCUGCGAUGAUAAUGAAACCUACAAAACAACGUCGAGGAAGCUGGUGCGGGAGUGGGUCAAAGCCAAUGGAAGCGGCUCUGCUGGCUCCCAAGAUAACCACGAUGCUUGUGAAUACUUGAUAAUACACGUCGUCGACGCCAAUGCGCAAAGCGUCGAACCCCCAGAGAAAACAGGGCCUAUGGCGAAAUGGCCUGGACGCGGAUCUACUUCAAUCCUUGAGAAGCUCAGGGCAGAUUUCAAUGGAUCAUCAAAAAAUGCACUUGAUCGUGUUGUUCAAUUGAAACUUCCCAAACAUGAGGCAAAACAACGACCGGUGGAGGCCUCUGAGCAGCUACAAGACCUUAUUGCGAAGCUGAAGUCCAGCAUCUUGACGUCUUUUGAUCUCCGUGUCGCGCAAUAUGAGGACGACAUUCGAGAAAAAGAUUCGCAACGGAGUCUUCCUGGUUGGAAUUUCUGUACCUUUUUUAUACUUAAAGAAGGACUGGCUUUAGGAUUCGAAAACGUUGGUUUAUAUGAAGAUGCGCUGAUCGGCUAUGAUGAACUUUCGGCUGGGCUAGACGCCGCUCUUAGAGAUCAAUUGUCUGGCGCAGGAGAUCAGCAUGGAGGGACGCUUCUUUCGCAUAGUGAGGAGAUGAAAUCUUGCGCUAAGGCUGCUCUUUCAUCGGCAGCCGCAAUUCCUGGUAAUGCGAAUGCAAGUGGCGACGAAGAUCCAACAUCAGAUGAAACAUCGUCAGAAGACAGUCUAUUUGCGGAGCCAAUCGAGUUGGACCCGGCAAAAUACCCCUUUAAUCCAAACAAGAAGCCCUAUCGUGAUAUGAUUGUGGCUAACAACAUUUCCGUUUUCGAUUUUCGCACCUACAUAUUUUCGAGACAGAUGCAGCUGCUGUUGAAAGCUGCUCAAGCUCAACCAUUGGGAAAAAAGAGUGGCCAGGCUAAUCAAAACAUCAAAUCGAAGGAGACCCAUAAUUUGAUUUUCAUUGCCGAAAUAUGCGACCGCGCAAGCGAGUUCAUUACGCUUGCCUCGCGGAUAUUACGCAAGGAUUUGGAGAGCGGGAUAUCACAACUUGAACACAAACAUAACGGUGCCGUUAUAGCAAAAGUGAUUGAUAAUCUCGUAUACUCAUGGUCGUACGCUGCUGUGUCCCAGGUGCUUAUCCAAACCUCCAUCGGCUCCCUAGAGCUUCCACAUGUGUCUCUUAAAACCAGCAAGGACCUAAUAGAUGCAUCAAUACUUGCUCCAGUCACCAUGAGCUCAGGCUCUAGUGUGCCUCAGCGGUCGAGCUCUCUAGUCACCAGCCCUACCAGUCACGGCGCGACGACGACUCCUGAUUCACCUUCAGUGGGCUUAACCGCCAACCCUGCGAGACGGCCGUUGACCGCUUUGAUACCGGACGGUCCUGCAAUAAAAAGAGUUGGGGCAGUCGAACUGGCAUCGGCAAGGGGUGACUUGUAUAUCCUUGCAAGACGUGUCCUAGAAGCUUCGGGCUGUGAGCGGCGAUGCGGGCAACGAUGGCAAGAUCUAUCGCUUCUGUUUAAUGAGGACGACCCUUCUGGAGCUGCGGCUUUUACUGAGGUUUCCCUAGAUGGCAAUGAUAACGCUUCAGACAACGGCUCGAUUCCAGAUCAAGAAUCCCUGAGUCUUUUAGCGGGUGUUGAAGCGCCGAUAUUGGAGGCAGCCGUGAAAUCGCCAUCCCAUUUUAAUUCCUGUUACGAAAAGCUUACUGAUGAUAUGUUCCGUCAUUAUGUUGGCGCGAAUAGAAUCAAAUCAGCCGAGGCUGCUAUGGCUGAUAUGGCCAUUUUAAAGUACCAGCAGGAAGAUUACGGAACGGCCGCCUCUUAUUUCGAUCACCUUGCUACCUUCUAUGGUAAUAACAACUGGGAAAUUUUAGAAGGGGCGAUGCUAGAAAUGCAUGCGCGUUGCUUAAAGAAAUUGGGCCGGAAAGAAGAUUUUGUACGCAUAUCGUUCAAGCUGCUGGGAAAAUAUACCAGGGCGAUUCAUGCCAGAUCGACUCCGGGAAAUCGAGAAAGUUUCAACUUGCGUUCGGAUUCUAAGGCGACGGAAUAUAUCAGUGAACUUUUCGAUACCUCUCAGGCUCUCCCAAAAGAUUUUAUCGUGCCUUUAGGAGAGUUCUUUACCACUCCUACAAUAAAUCCACGGAUCAUUCACUUCGAUGACAGAGAUGGUUUUCAACUACAGAUGACGUUGAGAUCACUUAUAGGAGAUAUCAGAGUUGACCGCGUCAAAAUGCGACUACUUGACACAUCCGACAUCCAAACCAAUGAAUUGUGGCUGGAAACACCGAGUCAGCUUGACGUAAAAGGGUCAGCCACCGAGGCACUCCUUGGUUCCUCAACUACCGUUCAAAGUAAAUAUGCGGUUGACCGUAUUGAAAUCUACGUGGGGAAUAUUAUCUUCGCACAUACCUUCAGGGUCGAUAGCUCAUUGUCUCCAACGUACAAAGGCCUUUCUAACGUAGAGUCUCCCGAAGGGGAUUCAGAAGUGUUUGUCUUUUGUUAUCCGCGAACGGCGGGAGUCGAGGCCAAAAUCUCUCACUCGCGUAUCAUUGAUCUGAGUGGUCGGAGAUCUAUAGAAAUUCAACUGGGCAGCGGGUCCAAUGAGAUCAGCAAUGGUCUUGUUCGGCUGAAGCCUGCAACGGCUGGGCUUAGGCUCCUUGUUGCGGAAAUAAAAGUUACAGACGGCUCCAUACAGCUUUGCGAAGCUGCCAGCUCCAUGAGCGUGAAUGUUCAAGACGUGUUUAAAAUCGACAAUCUCUUCUCCAGGUUUACUAUAAGCCCGGCAAUGAUGAUACCCGUGAGGAUAUUUGGCUGCCAAAUGCCUGGUUCCCGGACUUUUUCUGUCCAGUCUAGCAUGCUAGAAGGAGAGAUAUUUGAUGUAUUCCCGAAGCAACCGGCAUCAUUAGUCUAUAAAAUCGCACCUAUCGAAAACAACACAACGGCAUCAGAGUCUGGCUCACGGUCGCUUCGGUUGACGGUAGAUUUUACAUGUCUGAACGAGGAAUGUCUUGCGGUCCUCGAGCAGCAGUUCAUAAUGGAUUUACAGAACAGUCCGUUUCCGCAACUCCGCUGCCUCCUCCUUCCCCAUCUCUUGGCGGCAUUCGGGUCCCAGUGGACUGCGAACGCUCUGGAAAAGAUAGGUCUGCUUCGGGAAAUCGAUGUAUUGUCCUAUGAACGUAUCCAGUGGCAGACAGUUACUCGAACACUUGGCCAGGGACUGGAAGGAGAAGUCACGAAAUGGCUAGCAGCCUGGCAUCAGGAACAUCAUAUCUUGCGGCUUCAGGAGAAGCCACCGACGAGCGUCCUCCGGCGCGUUAUAAUACCAGUAGACAUACCGGAAAUCCAAGUAGUCCAUAGAGCAGAGCUGAUCUUGCACAACGUCUCUUCUACGCAGCCUCACUGUGGAGUGGGAGAAGCGCUCUCCGCCGAACUAGUCCUCCACCACACGCGCCAGUGGUGCCCAAAAGCCACGCGAGAGGCCCAGCCAAGCUUGGAGUUCAUGUACGAAAUCAUCACCAACCCGGAUACGUGGCUUGUGGGCGGCCGGCGACGCGGGAACUUUAGCGCAGAGGAGGGAGAACAGCGAAGAUUCUCGCUGAUGCUGAUCCCCCAAGUGCCCGGGCAUCUCCUUCUUCCCAGCGUGGAGGUGAAGAGCUUUGUCUCCCAGGAGCAUCCGCCCGAAGCCCAGCAUGCCCUGCAACGACGGCCAAUCUCGUCUGAAGUCGAGUACUGCAAUCAUGGCGAGACGGUCCUUGUGACUCCGAAUUUGAGAAUGACCACUGUUAGCUUAGACAUGGAUGGGACCUCGGGGAGCGGCGCUUGGUUGAUAGAUUCUGAACGGCGAGUCGUUCCGGCCAGUUGA